CUCUUUUAGAAUUUGUCUAGUAGGUUUUCUAGUUUUUCUGGAAGACCCUUCAUAUGUGUUGUUUUCAAGAAUAGACAGGUUUAUUUAGGUGGGUGUGGUUUUUGUUUGUUAGUCUUGCUGCUUUAAGAUAUAAAACUCGUUCUGGUUAUUUAGUUUUCCUGGAAGAUUCGCGAACUGGGCCAUUAAAACUACGCCGUAGCGGCUUCCGGCUGCGGCUGAUGCUGCUUCCCAUCCGCCCCCCACCGGCCUUACGAGCAGCUGUAGGAGGUGGCUUUUUCUUGCGGAGCAUUCCCGCGGCUUCGCAGCACGUGCGGUUUUUUAGUUCUAUAUGGCGUCUGCCUCGGCCCAACCCGCGGCCCUGAGCGCCGAACAGGCCAAGGUGGUGUUGGCCGAGGUCAUCCAGGCGUUCUCGGCCCCGGAGAAUGCCGUGCGCAUGGACGAAGCUCGGGACAACGCGUGCAACGACAUGGGCAAGAUGCUGCAAUUUGUUCUGCCCGUGGCUACGCAGAUCCAGCAGGAGGUCAUCAAAGCCUAUGGCUUCAGCUGCGACGGGGAAGGUGUCCUUAAGUUUGCCCGCUUGGUGAAGUCCUACGAAGCCCAGGAUCCUGAGAUUGCCAGCCUCUCAGGCAAGCUGAAGGCUCUGUUCCUGCCGCCGAUGACGCUGCCACCCCAUGGGCCUGCUCCCGGUGGCAGCGUGGCUGCCUCCUGAGGGGCUUGGCCCUCCCCUGUGCCCUGUGCUGAUUCGGGAGUGGAAGACCUUAGCUUCCCAGAGGAUAAUAAAUGUGCCUGUGACUUGG